AUGGAAAAGGCUAAUCCUGGCCAAGCUGGACGUGCAAAUGGCAAGGGCCGCAAGGCGAAGGACGAGGUAGCCGCAGCCAUGGAGGAACGUGACCAAUACAACUCCGAAGAGCUCUCGAACGGCUCUUCGAGCGAGGAGGGGGAUGACGAGGACGAAAGCGAAGAUGGCGAAGAAGAAGAAGACGAAGACGAUGGAAGUGAUGAAGACGACAACGAUGAUGAUGAUUCGGGAGAGGAAUCGGAAGAGUUUGAAGAUCAGGGAUCGGACUCGGAUGACUCGGAGGAGAUGGAGCGGCAGCAGGCAGAGGCGGAGGAGGAUUCGGAUGACGACGAGGGCAAGGGCGGCGGCAGCGGCAAGAUGAAGCUUGACGAGUCGACUCGACAGACGUGGUCCAUGGUCUCUAGAGACGCUGAGAUCAAAGCGCAAAAAGGAGACGGCGCUCUGGCUGUGUCGAUGGCGAUGCACACGGACGAUCUCUCUUCGGACGAUGACGAGGAGAACCGGAACACGGUCGGCAGAGACUCUCUGCAGAGGGGCGGCGGCAGCAGACCUGUCAGCUCCACCUGCGGUAUUCAGGUCACGCCGACAUCGGUGCGUUGGCACAGCCCAACGUUUUCCAUCAAACAAAAAAACAGCCGUUAG